UAUAAAGAUUUGCUCACAAAAUAACCUUUCAAAGAUGACAAAAUCUGGUUACAUAAGGGCUGCUUUUCGUUCAUCUAGGCACAAUGAAGCUUACAUUUUCAUCAAUGAUGAUAAGUACGUGCUAUUGGAUUAUGCUCCUGGAACCACCAACGAUAAGAUUUUGCAUGGGCCAUCUCUUGUUAGUGAUGGGUUUAAAUCACUUGCUCCUACAAUAUUUCAAAGCUAUGCAAUUGAUUGUGCAUUUGACACCGAUAACAACCAGGCAUUCAUCUUUCAUGAAAAUUUUUGUGCUCUAAUAGACUAUGCUCCAUACUCUUGCAACGACAAAUUAAUCUCCGGUCCUAAAAAAAUUGCUGACGUGUUUCCUUUUUUCAAAGGAACGGUGUUUGAAAGCGGAAUAGACGCCGCAUAUAGGUCAACUAAGGGCAAAGAAGCUUACUUAUUUAAAGGAGACCAAUAUGCUCGUAUAGACUAUGGAAUCAACCGUCUUGUUUCGAGUAUCAAGAGCAUUAAAGGUUUUUCAUCUUUCUGUGGCACAAUCUUUGAAAAUGGGUCAUUUGAUGCAGCUUUUUCUUCUCACAAGACAAAUGAAGUUUACAUUUUCAAAGGAGACCACUAUAUACGUGUCGGUGUUAACCCAGGCGUACCAAAAGACAACCUUAUCGGUGGUGUGGCACGAAUCAUUGACAAUUGGAAAUCUCUUGGUAGCAUGAUACCUCUAAAGAAUUAAUCAAUCAUGGGCUUCACUGGCUAUGACCAUCAUGCUAAGAUCAUGAACAAAAACAAAAAUGAACGUUUAAAUCCAUAAUAAUUUGUG